CUUACCCGCCGCCGCAAUACCACCACCAGCAGUACCCGCCGCCCGCGCCCAUGCCCUCCAAUGUCGCGCCGAACGGCCAGAACGGAGUGAUGCGCUACCCUCUGCCCCCGCAGCCCCAGCUCGACGCGCGCCAGAUGUCGGGCGGCCGACACAAGAAGGAGAUCAAGCGACGCACCAAGACCGGCUGCCUGACCUGUCGCAAGCGGCGCAUAAAGUGUGACGAGGGCCUGCCGACGUGUCGCAACUGCCAAAAAUCAAAGCGCGAGUGUCUGGGCUACGACCCCAUUUUCAAGCAGCAGCCCAGCCCGGCCAACAUUCAGCCCGCGCCCAGCGUGCACAACACACCACCUACGUCUGCUUCCGCCUCCGGCUCCCACGUGUCGUCGAACCAGUACGGCGCGCCACCAGCCUUCCCAGGCGCUGGAGGCAACUUCAUCCCCGCUGCCGGCAUGCCUCACGGCGAACAGCCCCAUUUUGAAUCUCACUACAACCACGCCGCGCCCCUCGACCCAGCACUGGCCGGUGGCGAACACGUCCCGCACAUGGCACCACAUCACAACAACAACUACCCCAGCUCGUUACAGCCGACGCGGCGAGUGCGUGUGGUACCCGUAGAAGAGCUCUGUUCACUCAACGACAUCCCGCCAAAAUGCAACCUGCGCGAGGCGCCUCCUCCCUCGUCUCCGGCCAGUCAACAGGAAACAGAGACGUUCUUCAAGUACCACUAUGCCGCAGGACUUGACCGCCUGUUUGAAACAACCUGGUACUCGCAGCAGGGCCCGUUGCAUCUCCAGCGCGAUGCCGUUCUCCAGGACUUCGUUUCGCAGUGCGUCGAGCAAUUCAAAACGCGAGAAGAUGCGAACGCCAGACAGACGCAGUCACUAGAAGCGCGCUUGGUGUGGCUGCUAGCCAGCAUGCCUCGCGCCUACCACCGUAUGACCAAUGGCGCCGCGAAUGACUUAGCUGUGCAAGAGCUGCUUCCUCGGCUGGAUAUCGUGGAAAACCUUCUCACAGGACAGUAUCUGGAUCCAAGCCGCGUGACGCCUCCUCCACAGCAGCAACCUCCAAUGCCACCCGGAAGCGACAGUGCAGUGGUCAAUCAGAAGUUCAACGAGCGAUCCUUUUGGCAUCAGCUUGCUAGAUUCGUGGCCAUCCGAGACGACACUACGAAUGUGCAGAGGGAAAUCGAUGAUGCCCUCGGCACCAUGCGCAAUCUUCUCCACAUGCUAGAGAACCGCGAUGUUCUGUACUCAUUAGCGGUAGCGCGGCACCUGGGAGGGCGCAUACCUGAAUGGCAUCCACAGCGGCACCUCGUGCCGUCGAGUAACGACCCCAACGACCCGGUUGGCAAGCUGCGGGUCGCUCAACAGUUCGUGGAAACAGAAGACCAAAGAGGCACCACACAGGUCAUCCAGAGGAUUUGCUCCAUGGCCAUCCGCUCUUGGAUACUGCAGAAGCAAUAAGACGCGAGGACUAUUUCAUUUCUUGUACCUACUUGGCAGACUUUUUGUGGACAGGAAAUUGGGCGCUAGCUUCAGCAUGGCGGGCGUGCUGUGUUGUCCAGAGAUACCAACAGUUUUGAGUGCUCAGCAGCUUCGAGAGCUUAUUGUACGAUAUACCCCAGCUGUAACAAUGGAUGAU